ACUAAAGGAAUGGCGGCGUGGUACGCGCGCCGUAAUAAACUUCAGAUUUCUCUCUAGGAACCCCAUUUAUAUCCAGUUUCAAAUCCGUCUGAAUGGAAAUGACUUGAUUACUCUUAUUGCCCACGAGGAAGAUCUUAACGUCCCGAGUAUUACGAAGAAAAAGCUGGCACUUUAGAAAGUCCCGUUUUCAUUUGGUUUUACGUUUGACCGAUCGAUCAUUUGGGCGGCCGCACUACUCCGACUCAUAUGACGUAACGCUUCUUUCGUACACUUGCAGGAAAAUGGCUGGGACUUGGGUUGAGAAUGAAAUCGGACGAAAGUGGGAUCGUUGCUUUACCGACGCAGUCCUGAAAUUGGGAGGCGGCCUUUUCCUUGGCUCCGUGUUUUCGUUACUCUUCUUCAAGAGGAAAAGGUGGCCAAUCAUAACUGGAGCUGGUUUUGGCCUGGGUAUGGCAUAUUCCAACUGUGAGAAGGACAUCAAUGCAUCAUUAAAUCAGUGCAAACCUCAGGGGCGUAAAUGUGAUGAGAAAAAAUAAAUAAAAUACGGAAAAGCAACGGUUAAAACGCAAUGCAUGAAUAUCAUCAUCCAAUUAUUGAUGGAAUUCAAUAAUGACAAUGCUACAACUAGUUGAAUUUGUAACGUUCCGGCGUAAAAACAGCGCUAACGAAAUAAAAAUCAUACAGUGUACAUAUAUAUUAUUAUUAAUUAUUCAGCUGUAAAUUAUGUUAAAGAAAUAAAGAAUUUCUUAUCAUAUUCCACAAUUA